CAUCAACUCAUUGUCGUCGCGUGACUGUGAUUCUCGUUGACACAUUCAAAGGCAUCAUCAAAGACGGGCGGGAAAAUAGAUAGACACAUUCCUCCAGCGUCGUGAAUUUGUCACCAUUCCUGUCGUCCGCGUGUUUCGUCACAAUGGCGUACAACGAGGAUGCCGUCAAGGCAAAGCUGGCUGCUUUAAACGAGACUCAAGAGGCAAUCGUGACUGUCGCGCAGUGGAUUAUGUUCCAUAGGAGAUACGCGGAACGGACCGCUCAGAUUUGGAACCAACGUAUCACUGAGAGCCCACCCCCAAAAAGAUUGAACCUAAUCUAUCUCGCCAAUGAAGUUGUUCAGCAGUCGAAAGCUCGCAAAAAGAUCGAAUUUGUUGCGGCAUUCCAACCUAUCAUCGCAGAGGCAACAGCAGCAGCAUACAAAGGCGCCUCCCUCGACAUUCAACAGAAAGUACGUCGCGUCGUUGACGUUUGGCGCCAGCGUCAAAUCUUCGAUCCAGCAUGCCAGCAAGAUAUCGAAAACAGGAUCAACGAGAUCGAUCGAGCAAGGGGUGGUACAAGAAAAGGAGGGCUGGGAGGCUCGCUCUUCGCAUCUUCAGCCUCAUCAGCGCCGCCAGAAUACCAGGCCCUUAUCACUAUGCAAGCUGCACUAACGAAAGCGGAAGCCCUUUCGAGGCCGGCGUCGGAAGGAGCGCAGGCUGAGUGGGAGAAGUUCAAUGCUGAUUCCAGUUACGCGACUGCAACGCUCCCGGGUAAGGCCGGAAAACUGGGAGGACUUUUGAAAAUUCUCGCCAAUGCAGAGGGUGCUGUAGCAGAGACUCUUAAAGCUCGCAAAUCACUAGUCGAAGGGCUCGAGAAGCUACUUGCCAAAAACAAAGCGGAUCUCGCAUUGGAGGAGCAACAGCUUCGUGAUAUAAAUUCGCGUAAAGUAGACGCAGAGAGCAAGAAACAAGAGGUCGAAGCCAGCAUUUUGCAAGGCCUCGUGCCUCUAACGAACAACGGGACUUCAGGUAGCCCGGAUCAGGACCCUCCAAGACCGGACGCGGAGCCACUCACCCCACCUCCUGUUGAGAGCAUUACUCCAGUUGGUAGCCCCAAGGGUCUUGUCUCCACAAAAGGGGCCGAUAUAAUCCCAGAGAUACCGCACAAUUCCGAGGCUGAACCUGUGGCGCCUCCAUUUGAAUCAUUGUCACAAACGGCUGUGCUCAUGGACGGACCGGGAAACAUGAACAUGACUGCCACAGGUUCGAAUGGAGCCCUUCCGGGUCUAGCAAUACAUCCACGUGAAGCGAGCCCUAUGGAGUCGGCGCCCAAAAGGAGGAAGAUGAGCAAGAGCGCGGAGGUCCAGGAUGAGUUUGCAGAUUUUCAAGAUGGCAGUGGAAUCGAUGCUGAUGUAGAGGCGAUGUUGGGGUGAUUUUCCAUCACAGGGGACUGUGUUCAUGGCCUCGGGGGAGCUUGGCUAUAAAUCCCGUCUUUGGCUUCCAAGCGUCGAAGCUUCAAAUUUAUGCUCCUUAAUAAACGGUAAUUUGCGAACUGUCGCUUCCUGGAGAACGCUAUCGUCGUAAACCGUUGUGGAGUCUAUGCAGGAAGAAAAACUUGUGACACAAUCAAAUUAAGAUCGCGCAUAUACCAUGUUAUAGCGUGAAUAUUCUCUGAGAUUGCUAUCCGGCGAAUUAACGAUGAUCCCUCAUGCAGUGGCUUGCGCAACUAGAGGCAGCAUUUGCGCAGGAUUGAUUCAUAGAGAGCAUGUCAGCUGCAAGCUGGUAGCAAACGCAUUGUAAAACAACAUGAGACAUCACUGCGACGACAAAAAUUGUUACUAUUUAAUUUUCAACAGGCGAGCCUCGGGCCACCUCAACAUACAGAUCAUGCAUGUAUCCCAUACUUGCUUCCUCUCGUGACGAAGUGAAAGCGGGCUUGCCACUAAAAUUGAGAUAGUUAAUGGCUUGCAUAAGCCCUAGAGUCGGCAUUAUUCCCACUGCAUGAUACGGAACGAGACUAUGAUCAAGCAUGACAAUCCACUCAGUGUUAUGAGAACAAAUCAAAGCUAAGUA